AUGACUUCGCCCUUGGAUCAGCUGGUCAAGGGCGCUGCCCCAGCAUCGAAUGUCCGCGCCUCCACGCCGGAGCCGUUGAAUCCCACCCGAGCGUCAACAAACUCGCACUCUGCCUCGCUGCCCCGAUCAUCCACCCCCGACCCUCUCGCGGCUCUUCCGUCCGCUCCUCCUCAGAUCUACUUAAACUUGCUGAUCCUCGAAGCCUCGUUGCGUGCACAGUACCUCGCCCUGCGCGAGCGUCGCCGCCAAAACACCUUCUUCCUGUUGGUCCUUGCCGCUUGGAUUGCGUACUUUGCAUAUGCGCUGUUUCUGCGCCCACGCGAGGAUGGGCAAGGUGUCGGUGGCUCGGUAUAUUGGGUGAUUGAGAUGGGUGAAAAAGUCGCUCUGCUUGGUGGGGUAGUCACAGCACUCCUCGUCUGGGGUACCGGGCAGUGGGAACGCGGUAUUCGCUGGCCUCGUCGGUGGCUGGCCGUCGCUAAUCGCGGCUUGCGCGUGAUGAAUACCAAGGUUAUCGUCAUCCGUGGACCCUGGUGGCAUGAGCUCUUAUCGUACAUUUCGUUCCUCUUCCCAUUCUCGGCGCCGUUUUUCCCUUCGCCCACGGGCAAUUUCCACCUCGUGGAACGUCAUACAUCCGAGAAACACCGUGGUAGUCGGCAGCACUACCAACAAUACUAUAAUGGCGGAGACAGCGAGUCGGGCCUCGUUGAGGAAGAUCUCAGCGCCGGAGGCGACUACGUGCGCCUGCUUCUACUACCCAAAUCAUUCUCCCCCGAGUUCCGCGAAAACUGGGAGGAUUAUCGCACCGAAUUCUGGGAGAAGGAGAACGAGCGUCGAGCUCAACUGCGGCACAAAUUGCGCGAGCGAAAGCGUCAGCUGGCUCAGGCAGAGGGUGGAUGGCUCUGGCGUCUGGGUCUAGGUUGGCGCGCCUCGCAGCGUCGCCGCCUGGUCUCCGCCACCCUUCACAAGCCACUCGAGUCCGAACAUACCAAGCAACGGCCAGGUUCUCACCACCACCAUCAUCACGCUUCAUCCGUGUCCUCCAAGCUCGUUCAGGAGCACCGCGCGCCCCUUGCUACCAGACGCGGUACCCGAUCUGAAUCGGUUCAUUCUCGGGGAUCCUCCCGCAGCUCCACCCCCGUGGAUCUCGAGGAUCGUCCCCCUUCUCGCUCCUCUGCAUCCGGACGUCCACGGCGUGGAAGCACGACACCUUCGAUCCCGAGUCCUGAAGCAACUCCGCAGCAACGGAAGCGUAAAGGGUCCAAGACGCUCCGUCAUGGGCUGUCUCCUCUGACACAGGCUCAAGUUCGGGAGGGUGUUCAUCUACCAUCUUUCUCAUCGGAUGACUCUGCUGCAACACCAUUGAGCGAAAAGGAUAUUGAGCCUUUCCCCGCGGCUUUGUCUACUCCAACCCCCUAA